UUUCUGGCCGCGCGGCCCGCCGGCUCGGAGCCGGUCGCCGCGGGCGUGCACACACCACCGGGUCCCGAGCGGCUCAGGGAGAGACUCUCCCAGCACCGUAAAUAGAGUCCAAGUGGGCGGGGAGCCGCCCCGCGCCGCCCGCUCAUGUCUCUGCGGAGCCAAGUGUCCGGCCGCCUGGCACAGCUGCGCGCGGCGGGGCAGCUGCUCUGCGUCCCGCGCCCCUGGCCCGGCCCCUCGGCGGGUGCCACGCGGACCCGCAGCAGCGCGUGCGGUCCCCCCGGCGUCCCUGGGCGCCUGCGGCCCCGGCGCGCGGACCCCAGCGGGAGUUGGGGCUUGGGGGGCGGCGGCGGUGGGGCGGAGAGGAGAGCCGGGGUGCGCACCUGGGCCCCCCUGGCCAUGGCGGCGAAGGUGGACCUGAGCACCUCCACCGACUGGAAGGAGGCAAAAUCAUUUCUGAAGGGCCUGAGCGACAAGCAGCGAGAGGAACAUUACUUCUGCAGGGACUUCGUCAGGCUGAAGAAGAUCCCGACAUGGAAGGAGACGGCGAAAGGGGUGACCGCGAAGGUGGAGGAGCCAAAGUACAAGAAGGAUAAGCAACUGAACGAGAAGAUCUCCCUGUUCCGAGGCGAUAUCACCAAGCUGGAGGUGGACGCCAUCGUCAACGCCGUUCCAGGUCUGGGCGGCCACACGGAAAGGAAGCACAUUCAUUAGGAGACCCAGGCACACAGCCCAGCCUUGCCAAGCAUCUUUCCGCGCCGACUCGCGAGGACCACGGCCUCGCUGAGAGCACAUCUCCCGCGCCUUCCUGGUGACAGGUUCCAUCUGCCAGCCCCCGGGGAGUCGCUGAUUCGGUGGUGGUGGUGGCGGGGGCUGCUCAGGGACCCGCCAUCCCUGGUGACAGCCCCCCCAGCCCUUCACCCCGGGCUUGUAAUCUCAGCUUUAAGGAGGAUUCCAGUCCCUUUCUCCCGCCCCACCACAACUAAUCCAUUUGCCAGGGACCCGAUCCAAGAGAAAGCUAAUUAAAGAAUUUCUGCUCUUGGCUCAGCCUGGACUUUGAAGAUUCCCCUUAGUCUUCCUGGAGUAUCUGAAAACAGGUGGAGAAGGGGGGGUGUCAGAAAGGGCGUCGGAUAAGACCCCGCUAGCCUCCGUAAUAGGCUUAAUCCCCCCAAAGUCAGCAGGCAUCAAACAGCCCUCCAGCCAUCACUGCGGAGAAGGGGCUUGGAGGACUUGGGGCCCUUUGUGACCCUGUGAGCCCCAGACCACAGAGGGCUCCCUGUCCUCGCAUCCUGUGAAUGGGAGGCUGUGCAUUCCCCCAAGAGUUCUGGGGACCGGGGAAGGGGGAAGGCAGAGCACGAACCCCGCACCGCCCGUGCUCCAGGGCAGUGAAAGGCACAGGUCAGUGGCAUGGAGGAGGUCCUGCCUUGAGGCUUGCUGCGGCCACUGGCACGUAGCUCAGUGAGGUGGGCUCCCGCCCUCCCCGCCCCUUCCCUCUGGUGCCCCACAUGCCACCGUCUCCUCUCUCAAGCGCCCGUUUGCCUCUCAGAGAUUUUAAUCAAUCAAGCCCAAAUAUUUGCUCAGUACCAGCAGCACGAGAGCCCCGUCGGGCAGGGGACUUUGGGGCCCCACUCGGUGCAGGGUCCUCCAUUUAAGCAGGGCCUGGCACACAGCAGGUGCCCAAUAAAGACUCGAUGGUGGGGUUGGUUGUAGUGGCUGCUCUCACAGGGCUCAUGCUAUUGCUGCCUUCAGAAGACACCUGCCGCGUCUUUGGGGGAUCAGUGGUCUCCAAAAUGUGGGGUGUGGGAUCUUAGAGCCUGUCUCCCUGCCACCCUGAGCUUUGGCCCAGCCUGGUGGAACCCUGAGGAGAGGCAGGGCUGUCCGCUGCCAUUCCGUGCCCCCCGAUCACCCCCUCCUAGGCUCCUGCUCCCCCGUUUCCCUCCGCAGUGCUGGGGGAGGGGGGCAGGGAGCAUUUAGACCCGCAAUCCCCCAGGUAGGGACCUCGGGGGCCACUGGCAUCAACGGAAAGAAAAAUGAUAAAAACCUGCCACUGAAUUCUGGGUGGCAGUAAAUUACUUAACACCUGAAACAGGUUGAAAUGUGGCCGCUGUGGCUUUUAAUAAGCCCAUCUCCGAUGCGGCCGCUUCCGCGAGGAGCCGGCCGGGUCUCUUCUCGAGGCAUAAUUUCAUCGUGGCCCAGGCUUGGCAACGGUGCAAAUAAGAUUUCACUUCCCCCGUAAAUCUCCGAGGGGGAGCGCCGGGAUUUCAUUUGUGCUGUCAGUUAGUGGCUGGAGAGAUCCUAUUUACUUUGCCGCGGGAGGAGAGGGUCCUUCAGAGGUGCUGGACGGUGUGGCCGGCCGGUGGAGAAGCAGGUGCUGACGAGCGGGCCUGAGGCGCGGCCGAGGGCAGGGGAGGCGGCCAGCAGCGAGGCCGGGGGAAGCACACCGGGGUUGGGGGCUCCCGAGAGUAGCUGAGCAAGCUCCACCCAGGCCUCCUGAUGCAGCAUCUGGGGGUUGGCUGGCUGCCCGCUGAUCCACCCCGGGGGGGGCCUCCUAAGCAGGGUGCUAAGAAUUGGCCACAGAACUUGGGUGUGGGGGUGUGGUGUGGGGUUUGAUUCCUUCCUGGGCUCCACUGCCUCUUCUCCAGGAUGCUCGGUGAGGUCAGCAACGCCUCCUGGGAAGUAGGGGCGCGGGAGGAGGGAAGCUUCCGGAAACUGGUGGUGGCCGGGUAAGGGCAGGGUCCAGGUUACGGGGUGUCGUGGCCACCCUUUGUCCUAUCCGACCUGGAACUUUUAGUCCUCCAUCUGGCCAAACAGGUGAAGUUGGAUCUAAGAAGCCAAGGCCCUGGGUCUUGGGAUGCCCCUUGGCCACAGGGCAGCCAUCUGGGGUCUUACCCCCUACCUGCCCGUAACCUCAGUGACCUGUGAGUCCUGAGACUUCUUU